AUGGCAGAUGAAGACAAGUAUACCAAGGACGGAACAACUGAUUUUCGCAACAAUCCCGCCAACAAGAAGGAAACAGGAAGCUGGAGAGCAUGCCCUUAUAUUCUGGGAAAUGAGUGUUGUGAAAGACUGGCAUACUACGGGAUAAACACAAAUCUAGUGAACUACCUGAAAUUCCAGCUAAACCAGAGCAGCGUGGAAGCAGUGAGUAAUGUCACAAACUGGUCGGGGACUUGCUAUGUCACUCCAUUAAUCGGAGCCUUUCUCGCAGAUGCUUUCUUCGGAAGAUACUGGACUAUUGCCUCCUUCUCAAUCAUCUACGUAUUUGGGAUGACAAUAUUGACAUUGUCAGCCUCUCUCCACGGACUGAAACCACCCUGCAAUGACAAUAAUAUUUGCCACCCGAUGGGGCUGCAAACCGGAGUUUUCUACGUCGGACUUUACCUAAUAGCUCUCGGCACCGGUGGCAUCAAGCCCUGCGUCUCCUCCUUCGGCGCCGACCAGUUCGACGACUCCGACGAGUCCGAGAAGAAGAGCAAGAGCUCCUUCUUCAACUGGUUCUACUUCUCCAUCAACAUCGGCGCCCUCGUGGCUUCGACUGUGCUUGUCUGGGUUCAAACCAACGUCGGCUGGGGCUGGGGUUUUGGCAUUCCGGCAGUGGCGAUGGCGGUCGCAGUCGUCACCUUCUUCUCCGGGACGAAGCUGUACAGGAAUCAAAGGCCCGGCGGAAGCCCCCUGACUCGUAUCUGCCAGGUUCUGGUUGCUUCCUUGAGGAAGUUCCGAGUUCAAGUUCCGGCCGAUAAGUCUUUCCUCCACGAGACCGCCGAGGAAGAAUCCUCCAUUAGUGGAAGCCGCAAGCUCGAUCACACAGACCAGUUAAGUUUCUUGGAUAAGGCAGCUGUGGAGACUCAAUCCGAUGGAAUCAAAGGGUCAGUUGAUGCCUGGAGGCUUUGCACAGUGACUCAGGUUGAAGAGCUCAAGUCCAUUAUAAGGCUACUCCCCAUAUGGGCAACUGGGAUCAUCUUCACCACAUUUUACAGCCAAAUGGGGACCCUAUUUGUACUUCAAGGCAACACCAUGGAUCUCCAAAUGGGCUCCUCCUUUGAGAUCCCUUCCGCCUCUCUAUCGCUCUUCGACACCCUCAGCGUCAUCUUCUGGGUCCCCGUCUACGACCGCCUCAUCGUGCCCCUCGCCAGAAGGUUCACUGGCCACAGAAACGGCUUCACGCAGCUCCAGAGGAUGGCAAUUGGGCUUGCCAUCUCCAUCUUCGCCAUGCUAGCAGCAGGGACUUUGGAGCUCGUUAGGCUGAGGAUGGUCAGAAGGCACGGCUUCUACGAGCAUAAACACGUGCCCAUGUCGAUAUUCUGGCAAGUCCCCCAGUACUUCAUCAUCGGCUGCGCCGAGGUUUUCACGUUCGUUGGGCAGCUGGAGUUCUUCUACGAGCAGGCGCCCGACGGGAUGAGAAGCCUCUGCUCGGCGCUCUCGCUGUCGACUGUGGCUCUCGGCAACUAUCUAAGCUCACUACUUGUCAAUAUUGUGGCUGAUGUGAGCACUAGAGAUGGCAAGCCUGGCUGGAUACCUGAUAAUUUGAACUAUGGCCAUCUUCACUACUUCUUCUGGUUUUUGGCAGUGCUAAGUGUGCUGAAUUUGGGAGCUUAUCUACUGGUUGCAAAGUGGUAUACAUACAAGAAGUCAAUUGGUCCAUCCACUCCAUGA